AUGGCCGACAACGAAGAGCUGACUGCGGAGCAGACGGAGAAACUUAUUCAGUUUCAGGAUCUGUCAGGAAUUGAAGAGAUAAGACGAUGUCAAGAGAUACUUCAACAACAUAACUGGGACAUUGAGGUCGCAGUACAAGACACUUUCAAUGAGAGAGAAGGUGCACCCUCAGUGUUCAAUGAACCACCACCACCUCCAGAACCCAGACAGCCCACAAUGAACUUGCAACCUCCAGACCAGAGAGUGUUUACAGUAGCCCGUCAACCACCACAGGGAAUUUUUCAAUGGAGUUACUUCAUUAUGAUGUUUCCUUUUCGAUUUGCAUACACCAGUAUAUUAGACCUAUUAAGAUUUGUUUUUCGAUUAAUUCGUCCAGAUCCCAGAAGAAAUGUAACAGAUCCAAUUGGUGAUGUAGAGAGAUUUAUAGCGAACAUAUAAGAAUAAUCAGGUAGUGGUAUAUAUGAUGAGGAUCACCCAGCCUUCUACCGUGGUUCUUAUAGUCAGGCCCUUAAUGAUGCUAAGAGAGAGUUACGGUUCCUUUUGGUAUAUCUCCAUGGUGACGAUCACCAAGAUACUCAAUCAUUUUGUAGAAAUACUUUAGGAAAUGCAGAUGUUCGAGACUUCAUCAAUGGAAGGGUAUUAUUUUGGGCCUGUAAUACGAAUAGUCCAGAAGGAUAUAGAGUGUCAAGGGCAUUGAGAGAAAACACCUACCCUUUCUUAGCUCUAGUUGUACUUCGACAGAACAAAAUGACGGUAGUAGCACGGAUAGAAGGUCCAGUGGGUGGUCAGGAACUUAUAGAGAAGUUGGAGCAUGUGAUGAAUGAAAAUGAAACAUCACUUGUUGCUGCUAGAGCAGAAAGAGAAGAAAGAAAUUUCACACAGACUUUGAGACGCGAGCAGGAUGAAGCCUACUUAGAGUCAUUAAGAGCAGAUCAAGAAAAGGAAAGAACUCGACGUGAGGAUUUAGAGAAACUGGAAAAAGAAAAACAGAAAGUAGUGGAUGCAGAGAUGGAACGACAAAGGAUGCUUGAGGAAAGGGAGCAAAAGAAGGAGGAUUUGAGAAACAGUAUUCCUGCAGAGCCUGAGGCAGAUCAUCCAGACCGAGUACAGAUUGUACUCAAACUUCCACAUGGAGAUCGUGUACAGAGAAGAUUUCUGAAGUCUGACUCACUUAAGCACUUGUAUAAUUUUGCUUUUUGCCAUGAACAAUGUCCAGACGACUUUCAUAUAGUGACCAAUUUUCCGCGGCGGACAUUACCAUGUGAACCUACAGAGGAAGUGCCAGAACCUCCCACAUUCGGUGAGAUGGGAUUAGGCAAGACAGAGAUGUUAUUUAUACAGGAUAACGAGGCCUAGCAAUAUAUAUUACAAAUAAUUCCAGGUUUUUGUGUCUCAGUGGCGCAGUCACGGAGAUCGCAACAUUUUUUGUUUGUUGAAAGCUCUGAAAGUUGUCAUGUGAUAUAAGAGUUGAA